UAGCCUCGUACUAGCGACGGCCUAAGCUAGCCACGUUUAAAAAGUUUUGCUUACAAAGGAGACGACAUGGGUGAGUUCAAAUCGCCGGAAAAGUACUUAUCUGGCUUUGGAAGCGAGUUCGCCUCAGAAGCACUGCCUGAUGCCCUACCUAAAGGACAGAAUUCACCCCAGAAAUGCCCUUAUGGUUUGUACGCUGAGCAGCUCUCUGGUUCUGCAUUCACUGCACCAAGAAGCACAAAUAGGCGCAGUUGGUUGUACAGAAUAAAACCAUCAGUGUGCCACAAACCUUUUGAGCCUUUUCAAGUCAAAAACCUAUCGGAUAACUGGAAGAACAGACCACCAAAUCCAAACCAGCUGAGAUGGAAACCAUUUGAUAUUCCAUCAAAUCCAACAGACUUUGUAGAGGGCAUUGCAACUGUCUGUGGUGCUGGGGACCCAAGAAUGAGAAGUGGCUUGUCAAUAAUGGUUUAUGUUUGCAACAUAGAGAUGAAAAACAAAUGUUUACAGAAUGCAGAUGGAGACCUUUUGAUAAUUCCACAACAGGGUGUGCUUGGCAUCACAACUGAAUUUGGAAGGAUGACUGUGGAGCCAAAUGAAAUAUGUGUUAUUCAGCAAGGAAUGCGGUUUUCUGUGCAUGUUCAAGGACCAAGCAGAGGAUACAUAUUGGAGGUUUACGAUGGCCAUUUUGAACUUCCAUGUCUUGGACCAAUUGGUGCAAAUGGAUUGGCUAACCCAAGAGAUUUUUUGACCCCUGUUGCAAGCUUUGAAGAUAAAUCUCCUGAUGGGGGUUUUGAGGUCAUCAACAAAUAUCAAGGAUGCCUGUUCAAGACUGUACAGAUGCAUUCUCCGUUUGAUGUUGUCGCAUGGCAUGGAAACUAUGUGCCAUAUAAAUACGAUUUGAAGAAUUUCAAUGUCAUAAACACCGUCUCCUUUGACCACUGUGAUCCAUCGAUCUUCACAGUUUUGACAUGCCAGAGCACUAGACCUGGUGUUGCCAUUGCAGAUUUCGUUAUUUUCCCUCCACGUUGGGCUGUUGCAGAACACACAUUUAGGCCGCCAUACUACCAUAGAAAUUGUAUGAGUGAAUUCAUGGGAUUGAUACUUGGAAAAUACGAAGCAAAGGAGGAAGGAUUUCAGCCAGGGGGUGCAACCCUGCAUAGCAUGAUGACUCCACAUGGUCCUGAUGCCGACUGCUUUGAUAAGGCAUCAAAUGGCAAGUUAGAGCCAAUGAGAAUCGCCGAUGGAACGCAGGCCUUCAUGUUUGAGACUUCUUUAGGUCUCUCGUUAACUGAAUGGGGAGAAAAUACAUGCCAGAAGAUCGAUGCUGAUUACUUUAAGUGCUGGCAGCCAUUGAAGAAGAAUUUUAACCCAAAUUGGAAGCUCGGAGAUGAUGAAAGUCAAAGCAAAGCCAAGAUGUCUUAUUCCGUUUGAGGCUUGCAUUGUCUGAGUGACUUGUGCACUAUCCUUGUAGAUUAUUUUAGUAUUUAUUGAUGGCAUAAUAGUAGCAAGUUUAUCUUGAUAUUCUUCUUUUAGGGUUGAUAAAUCAUAUGGAAUUUGCAGAAUUUCUGGAAAGUAUUUAGAUAACUAAACAGUGGGCAUUGAGUGUGGAAUUGUGUAGAAUAUUGGUACUGGCAUUUAGGGAGCAGACUGUUGUAUCUUCAAAUGUAAGAAUUAAGAAUUUCCCCCCUCCCAGGAGAAGUCCAUAACAAAGCAUUUGCCUGCAAUGCCCGAUAGUUAUUGUAUGUUUUGUUUUGUUGGCAGUGAAAUAGUUUCUUAACUAUUAACCUUCAGUAUGUUUUUAAUCAAAAUAGUUUUCUUUGGGUAACCGAUUUGUCUCAGCCAGCAAUGUUUUGCGACAUUGUUAAAUGUAGAGUGAGAGAUGUCGAAUGUGCUCAUUGAAAUUUUGUUGUUGUGUUUAAGCGUCUAUGUAGCUCUGCAGUUAUCGUCCUCAUUGGCUUGUAUACCGUUUUGGGGGUACCAGGUAUUUUGGCGUGAUUGCAUAAUCGGCGUAUUUUCGAUGCGUGGAUUUGUGAAACAAAUUUUUAUUAUGCGUAAAGUCGUAAAUAGACAUUCUCGCCUGACCUGUGAAUCAGCUUUACUCAUGGCGUCAUUGCGUGAAAAUGAGUUCUGGAAAGCGAAUUUCGAAAUGGAGUGCUUUCGUUUCGUUUUUUAUUAUUCAGAGAUUCCAAUGCCGAUAGCUCUGCCAACAAAUAUUACUCUUAAUUGAUAGUUAUUAGAAAUUCAGAGAGCUUCUAGGGGGCGUGAUCGUGAAAUUUAAUUUCCAGUACUGUGAAAACGUGAUUUUGCCUUGUCUUGUUGGUAGCUUUUUAAUGGAGUUGUCCCAAUGAAUGAACUGCAAAUGGA